CCUACAUCUGUUUUCAUUUUUCUUGUGUGUUCUUGCUGGGGACAGGUUUGUGGCGUCAGUUCUGUGUCGUUUUCCCGCCCUUGUUUCCCCCCCUCCCGCCAACCCACCGGCCCCAACUCCCGCCUGGUUGGCGGAAGAGGCUGUCCCACGCGGCUCCAGGUACGUGCAUUGGAGCACACACACCGUCCCCUCACCCUUUGCAUGAGGCCCCCUCUUCCCUUGCCGUGUGCGAUUGAUUCGGCAGACAACCCAAGAGACAAACUGACCGGUCCGUCGAGCGUUGAACAUGUCGACUGAGGCGUAUGUGUGUGAGAAGGAGGGCGCUUUGCUCAAGAAGCAGACCAUCGAGCUGCCCAAGCUUUUGCCGCACCAAGUUCGCGUCAAGGUGGGCAGACGGCAGAAGAGGCACAAGGACAUCGAUCAGUGGUCAGCCAUUCAGUCAGCGGGUCUCUCGCGCAUGGCAGAUGACUCACUGUGGCCUCUGCCACACCGAUUGUCACAUGAUGAAGAACGGUGCGUCGAGCGGCAUAUGCUUCAACAAGGGGGGGGGGACGAUUCUCUCUCUCUCUCUCUCUCUCUCUGCGUAUGUAAUACCAUGUAUGUGUCUGUCUGCCCCCUCCCUCCCCGUCUGUAGAUUGGGGCGCCUCGUGUUUCCCCAUGGUGCCCGGCCACGAGGGCGUUGGCACGGUCAUCGAGGUCGGAGACAUGGUCAAGACACACAAAGUUGGCGAACACGUCGGCAUCGGCUGGAUCCGCGCCUCAUGUGUGUGGGCUUCUACAAAGAAACAAACACGCGACCAACCAGCCAUCAAAUGAACGACUGGUAUGUGUCUCUAUGAAUGAAUGGUGUGUGUGUGUGUGUGUGUGUGUGUAUUUAGGCACAACAUGCGACAACUGUCUCAAAGGGUUCGACAACAUCUGCCUGGCGGGAUACCAGGGCACGUACCUCGGCAGCGCUGCCAUGUACGGCUGUUUCGCCAAGGAGAUGGUCAUCGACGCCCGCUUCGCGUUCCCCAUCCCGCCGGAGAUCCCGCUGGCCUACGCCGCGCCCCUGCUGUGUGCCGGCAUCACCGUGUACUCGCCGCUGAGAGACUACGCUGAGUGCGGCACACGCGUGGGAAUCAUCUCAGUUGGUGGAUUGGGUCACCUGGCGAUUCAGUUCGCCAAGGCCAUGGGAUGCGAGGUGGGUAGGUGGUGGGUGGGCGGCCGACAUACGUCGAGUGACACCAAACACACGGAGGGAGAGGGAAAGCCAAACCAUUGGGCCUGUGAUGUGAUGUGAUGUGAUGUGAUGUGAUGCGUAUGUGCAGGUGACGGUGUUCAGCGGCUCGCCCAAGAAAGAGGAUGAGUGCCGCAAGUUCGGAGCUCACAAGUUCGUCUGCAGCAAAGACCCAAAGGCGAUGGAGGCGCAGGCCGGCACACUCGAGCUCAUCCUCAACACAUGCCCCAAUCGACCCAACCGUGAGCACACCCAUACCCAUACCCAUACCCAUGCACGCAGCACCUCUUGUACGUCUGUCUCUGCAUUUGUGCAUUCAUGUAGACGUAUCUGAACAUCCUGCGCCCGAACGGCAUUUGGUGUACAUGGGCAUCGCGAGCAAGGACGCGCAGCCGAUCCAGCUGCAGCACAUGCCCCUCAUCUUCCAGCAGAAAAAGGUGACGCCUUGCUGUAUGUAUGUAUGUAUGUAUUCGAUCCACAAAUCUUUCAAUUCGUUAUGGAUGGAUUUCCCUCUGCAUGCCAGGUUGUCGGCAGCAUCGUCGGAGGCGCCAGGUGGGGUGGGCGGCCGACAUAGACAUACACAGACACACAGGCUUGGCUGUCUUCCCUCCCUCCCCCUCCCUCCCUCCCUCCCAGAUACUCCAACGAGAUGAUGCGUGUGGCCGCCACCCACAACAUCAAGCCCGACAUCGAGUGCGUACCCUUCGACAAAGUCAACGAGGCCUGCGACCGCCUGCUGGCCGGCGACCUGCAGGCCUACCGUCUGGUCCUGGUGCACGAGGGCGGUGAGGAGAAGGACGGCGAGCCUAUUUUCACCAAGGCCCGGCGCAGCUUCGAGGUUGACGCCCAGUGGAUGACCGACCAACUCGCCAAGGGGGCCAAAGGAGGCGACUGACUCACUGAGACAUCGUGGAUGGAUGGAUGGAUGGAUUGCCAACCGGCAAGAGCUUGUUUCUUCUGGUUGUGUGCUGUCUUCUAUCGCCUUGUGUCGUAUUUGCUCAUUCGUCUGUGUGUUCAAGAGAGGGAGGGACGGCGGGGGAGGGAUGGGCAGAGUGAGAGUCGAUUGGCCGUGGAGAAGUAACAGAUAAGAGAGCGUAGUGUAUUGUCGGAGUGCCCUUUGUUAGUGAGAAACAAUGACAAGUCAUGUCUCUGCCUGCACUGUCAGUCUGUCUGUCAGUCUGUCUGUCAGUCUGUCAGUCAGUCUGUCAGUCUGUCAGUCUGUCAGUCUGUCAGUCUGUCAGUCUGUCAGUCUGUCUCUGUUUCUCCAUCUGUUUCUCUCUCUGUCUGCCUUGCGUGUGUGGUCUUUUCCCAUAUGAAAAGGGCCACGCACAGGCAGGACCCAUUUGGGGACACAUGCAGACACUGUGUAAGACGAAACGAAGGGGGGACACACGGCAACAACGCAUUAGUACGGCAAGUGAAUGCUACAGAAGAC